AUUAAUUUUAACUAUUAAAUAGUUUAUCAUUUUAUCUUUAGCAUUUUAGUAUUAGUAUUAGUAUUUUAGUUAUCUGUGAAAUAUGAACGAUUUAGGUUCUACGGAAAAUAGUUGUCCAAAAUGCGAAAAAAGGAAAAAAAUUAGGACCCUUAUAGCCUAUUGGUUACUAGGACUUUGCAAUAAUUAUGGGUAUGUUGUUAUGUUAGCAGCUGCUGCGGAUAUAAUCAAGAAAUUUUCGGACAAAAAUGAACAAAGUAAAGUUAGAGAUUGUACGUAUAUGUCCACUGGUGUAGUGUUAUUGGCAGAUGUUUUACCCUGCUUAUUGGUCAAAAUUAUAGGGCCGUUUUUACCAUUUUUCGUGCACGUUCGAGUGGCUUUGAUUAUCGUUUUAGCAUCAGCCAGUUUUAUUUUGGUGGCAUUUAGCGAAUCGAUGCCUUUAGCGAUUCUGGGUGUAGUUUUGACUUCGUUCAGUUCCGGUCUAGGAGAAAUAACAUAUCUACAAUACAGUUCUUUCUAUGAUAAAAAUGUCGUUUCUACUUGGAGCUCUGGUACUGGCGGUGCGGGGGUUUUCGGGGCGCUAUCUUACGUCCUAUUAAAUGCCAUAGGGCUGAGAAAUGCUCUCUUAGCAAUGCUAGUCGUGCCCUUGGCCAUGGGAUUAUCUUUUUGGUAUUUAUUACCUAAACCUUCUGAAUUUGACGUUCAUAAUGUUAGUGAUAAUAAGGAUGAUAUUCCGACACAAUCCCUCAGGACUAAAUUAGGACUUUUGCCUGGUUUGGCUAAAUAUAUGGUCCCCCUUGGAUUGGUUUAUUUGUUCGAGUAUUUUAUUAAUCAAGGAUUGUUUGAGCUAAUCAAUUUUAAUAACGCCGUUGUGGACAAGGAAGCACAAUAUAGAUGGCUACAAGUAACUUACCAAUUAGGAGUCCUUAUGUCCAGAUCGUCAGUAAAUUUAUUCCACAUAAAACGAGUUUAUAUUUUGGCUAUUCUACAGCUUGUGAAUGUUGCCUUAUACACAACAGAAGUUAUAUACUUUUACGUACCGAGUUUUUACAUAGUGAUUGCUCUAACGUUAUGGGAAGGAUUGUUGGGUGGUUCAGCGUACGUUAAUACUUUUUAUACAAUUUCCGCUGAAGUGCCUGAAGAAAAUAAGCAAUUUUCCAUGGCCAUGACCAGUUUUGCGGACAGUUGCGGUAUAACUCUGGCCGGAAUAUUUUCCAUGCUUGCCCAUAAUAAAAUUUGUGAUAUACCUUUACCUAAUCAUGUGUAUUAAUAUACCCAUAUAAUAUAC